UUCCGAAAAUGUUUAUUGGGUUGACCUUUUUCUUUUUUUUUUUUGGAUAUAAAUUAAGUCAUUUAUCUGAAGAUCACUAUCUUUGUUUCUCACCGAAGCUUGCCUUACAUCUGUGUCUUUGUAUGGCAUCUGUUCUUCCGCUGCAUCCCCUUCUGGUUGCUUGAAGUUGAUUGAGCUCUGCCAAGAAGUAGAAGGUUGUUGUUAUACUGUAACACAGAGAUUCCUGCCUGACAGAAGAUCUCAAUCAUGGGAGGCAAACAGUCUACUCGACAGAACACUGUCUACACUUGUUGGCCUUCAUCAGUCCCAAGCUCUCCAUCUUACUCUUAUUACUCUGUCAAUUGUAUUGACAAUGAUCAGAGUAAGGUACAGUCUCGAUACACAAAGAUCAAUGAUGAUUAUCACUCUCUUGAACAGGUCAGGGAAGCUAUUGUUCAUGCAGGAAUGGAAUCUUCCAAUCUUAUACUAGGUAUUGAUUUCACAAAGAGCAACGUAUGGAAAGGUAAAAAGUCUUUUAAUGGCAAGUGCUUGCAUCACCUUGGGGAUUCCUUAAAUCCAUAUGAGCAAGCAAUAUCUAUAAUUGGAAGAACUCUUUCUGCUUUCGAUGAGGAUGGCCUCAUUCCUUGUUAUGGCUUUGGAGAUGUGAGUACACAUGAUCGAGAUGUUUUUAGCUUCUACCCAGAUAGUAAGCCAUGCAAUGGCUUUGAGGAAGUCCUCACUCGAUACAGAGAAAUUGUUCCAAACCUGCAGUUGGCAGGACCGACAUCCUUUGGACCAAUUAUUGAAACUGCUAUUGGGAUUGUUAACCAUCGUGGUGGCCAGUAUCAUGUUCUUGUAAUAAUUGCUGAUGGACAGGUUGCAAACGUGGACAUAGCUUGUCAGAACUCAACUUCUCAAAACCAAAGUACCAUUAAUGCUAUUGUGGAAGCAAGCAAAUAUCCUCUGUCAAUAGUUUUGGUUGGUGUUGGAGAUGGACCAUGGGACAUGAUGCACAACUUUGACAAUGACAUUCCUUCCCGGACUUUUGACAAUUUUCAGUUUGUGAAUUUCACCGAAAUUAUGUCAAAGGACAUACCUAUGUCCCAGAAGGAGACAGAAUUUGCACUUCGUGCAUUAAUGGAAAUCCCAUCACAGUAUAAAGCGACACUAGACCACCAGCUUUUGAGUUGUCCAAAAGAAACUUCUGCAAGGUUGCCUCUUCCUCCUCCACUAGGAAACACUGUCAAUUGCCAUCCAAAUUAUAUGCAGCCAACUGAGCAGACCAAACGAGCAACUGGAUUCAAUUACGCACCUUCUCCUGUUUCUACCAGCAUGAGUUGUCAUCACAACAAGAAAUGUUCUCUGUGUCUCUGGAGCAAUAAGGAUCUUGUAUUUGGUUGUGGACAUCAGACAUGUUACCAAUGUGGAAGAGAUUUGUUCAUGUGUCCAAUUUGUCGCACCUUCAUAACCACAAGAAUAAAGCUUUCCGAGAAUGAGGUUUCAGGAGUAUGUUAACUGAACUCAGCACAAGAUUGGGAAUGUUAAUAGGUACAAGAAGGCACAUUAUUAGGGAAUCAUCCUGAUCAAUUCGGGAAGAUCGUUGCAGAGAUGAAGACUAAGUCAUGAUUCUUAUGUAUUCUUCUCUACACUCAUGUGAUCAGUUUUAGGAAUGUUAUUCCACGACAGGGAUUGUCUGCGAACAAA